AUGACCGUCUUUGUCUGCUCUCUGUUUCUCCCCAAGACGGUGCAGUUUCAGCUGCCCGGCACGCCUCCUCGCCGGUCGACCUUUACCCGCCGCCGCUCCUCGGCCGUCGACGCACCUAAACCGCCGCUGGUCCAGCCCACGCCCGCGCGCCCCAGCCUGUUUGCGCCGCCCCGGCAGGACAUCACGCCGCCUCAGACACCCACCGACGAGUCGCGGUCGCCCAGCCUCUUUGCCAAUGAGGAUGGCCUCCGCAUCCAGUAUCCCCACGAGAUGGACUCGCCCGUCAACCAGCUCUCCCAGUCCUGGGGUCACCGGUCCGACCAGCCCAAGUCUCGCGCCAACUCGCCCCCAGCGCCGCACGCCUUUGAGCAGGGCCGCACCCUGCAAAAGGCCCGCGAGCUCGGCCGCCGCGGCGUCGUCCAACCCAAGCCCCACGUCCGCAGCGACAGCCACGACCGCGUCUUCGCCUCGGCCCCUUGGAAGGUCGUCAACGCCGACCAGGGCAACGGCGGUCUGCGCAACGCCGUCGACGCCGCCGCCCGCGACGGCCGCCUCGGCGAACAUGUGUGGGUCGGCACCCUCGGCAUGCCCACCGACGCCCUCGACGAAACCGAGCAGAAGCAAAACAUUGAGGAUACCCUCGCCACCGAGCACGACAUGCUCACAGUCUUUUGCUCCGACAAGGACUUUGACGGCCACUACAGCCACUUCUGCAAGCAGAUCCUCUGGCCCGUCUUUCACUACCAAAUCCCCGACAACCCCAAGAGCAAGGCCUAUGAGGAUCAUUCCUGGCAAUUUUACGUCAAUGUCAACCAGGCCUUUGCCGACAAGAUUGUCGCCAACUGGAAGCGUGGCGAUGUCGUCUGGGUCCACGACUAUCACCUGCUCCUCGUCCCCAACAUGGUCCGCCAGAAGCUGCCAGAAGCCAAGAUUGGCUUCUUCCUGCACGUCCCAUUUCCCUCGUCCGAGGUCUUCCGAUGCCUCGCCGUGCGCAAACAGCUUCUCGAAGGCAUGCUGGGUGCCAAUCUGGUUGGUUUCCAGAUCCGCGAGUACACUCGCCACUUCCUCCAGACGUGCAGCCGCAUUCUGAGCGUCGAAGCCACACCCGAGGGCCUGCAGCUCGAAGAUCGCUUCGUCGACGUGGUCAAUCUGGCCAUUGGCAUCGACCCUGUCAGCCUGGCGCUCCACCGAGAGAAGCCCGAGGUGAUGCGCUGGCUCGAUAUUCUGCAAGAGCGAUACAAGGGCAAGAGGCUCAUCGUCGCCAGAGACAAGCUAGACCAUGUGCGCGGCGUCCGCCAGAAGCUGCUCUCGUACGAGUUGUUCCUCAACAAGUACCCGGAAUGGCGCGAGCACACGGUGCUUAUCCAAGUUGCCCUCUCUUCUAGUGAAAAGAGCGAACUGGAUGCUACCGUGUCGGAUAUCGUGACCCGUGUCAACUCUUCUUGGGCCAACCUGGCCUACCAGCCUGUCGUCUAUCUCAAGCAGGAUAUUGACUAUGCCCAGUACCUUGCCCUGCUCACCGUGGCCGACGCUCUUAUGAUUACCAGCCAGCGCGAAGGCAUGAAUCUGACGUCGCACGAAUAUCUCUUUUGUCAAGACGGCAAGAAUUACACGGAAAAGAAGCAUGGGUCCUUGAUACUCUCCGAAUUCACCGGCACCUCGUCGCUCUUCAAUGGCAACGAGCUGUGUGUCAACCCCUGGGACUACCGUCAGUGCGCCGAUGCCAUCAAGCAAGCUCUCGAGAUGGGUGAGGAGGAGAAGAAGACGAGAUGGGAAAACCUGUACGAGGCCGUGUCUCUACACACCGGUGGUCACUGGUUCAGCGAAUUCUUGUCUCGACUGGAUCGUGCAUAUGAGACCCAGCACAAGCGUGACCAGUUUUCCGUCCCUCGCCUCUCUGUGCCUGUUGUCACGGAUAAGUACAAUUUGUCAAGACGCCGUCUGUUCAUCCUGGACUACGAAGGCACCCUGGUCAACUGGGGCCCGGUCAAUCAAAUCAUUCCUGUCAGCCCACAGAGGACACUGGAUGUUCUCAACGAGCUAUUGCUCGACGAGCGCAACAGUGUUUACGUCAUGUCGGGACGGCUGCCCGAGGAGCUGGACCGCGUGUUCCAACGCGUGCCGAACCUGGGCCUGAUUGCCGAAAACGGAUGUUUCCUACGCGACCACGGGGCGACGGAGUGGGAGGAAAUGGCUGAUACGUCUCAGAUUAAGAAUUGGAAGCGUUCAGUCAAGAAUAUCCUCACAUACUACCUCGAGCGGACGCCCGGCGCGGAGCUUGAGGAGCGCCGCUGCAGCCUCAUCUUUCACUUUGGCAACGCCGAGGACUUUGAGUCGGCAUCGCGCCUGGCAACCGACUGCACCAGCCACGUCAACGAUGCGUGCGAGUCGCAGCGUGUGCACGCCGUUCUGCUCGACAGCAGCAUCAUUGUCGAGCCAGCCGACUGGACCAAGAGCACUGCCGCCCAGCAGGUCUUUGACCGCUUCCAGAAACACCUGUCCCCGGACGGCCAGCACAAGGAAGCCGUGGAUUUCAUGAUGGUAGUUGGCGACGGGCGCGAGGACGAAAAGGUCUUCAAGUGGGCGAACUUGCUUGGGGAUGUGGGCGCCGUGCGCGAGGUGGUGACGGUCAGCCUAGGCAGCCGCAGCACCGAGGCCAGUGCCACGCUCACCCAGGGUGUCAGCGGCGUUCUUACGUUCCUUCAGCGUCUGGCUGGCACCGGACUUGCACAAGUCGACAUUUACAACUAUCUCAGCUCUUCUACUGCACGACACGGCGUUCUAGCGGAGCGUCACCCAACAAACGCACUUGCGCAGUGCAGUGCCUUGCCUCUUUUUAUCCAGGAUGCCAAUUUUAUUUACGCAUAA